AUGUUUUUGUUACUAUCUUUUAACACAUUAUCAUCAGAUAUAUGCCCUUGCGAAGUGCACCAGUCUCGUAAUCCUGGGUGCUGCUGCAGUGGUAUCAGCAGUAGAAGUGAUUAUCCAUCAGGCUGUUAUCCAGAUUUUCCAGACUCUAUUUUACCAUCAUGCCCAAGUGAGCAUUUUAAACAACAGUUAGAUUUAAAGAGCUGGCUUAUUAGAGAAUUGUUUUGCGUUGUUGCUGAUCAUCGUGAUGUUGCAAAUGGAAGAACUGCUGACGUAUAUUCAACAAUUAACUCAACAAACUAUACUCCAGUAUAUACAAACGGUUCUGACGAUACUACAGAUUCAAAUUCUUAUCAGCCUAAAUCUUAUAUUUAUGAUACAGACGGAAAAAUCUUAUAUCUUCCAACAUCUUCUUCAACUUCUGUUUGCACUCAAAACCUUCCAUUUGAUUUCUUAUACGACAUUACAGAUCAAGACUGUUAUUCAACUUCCGGAAUUUUAUUAUCAACAUUCCAAGAAUGGAAGGUUGCAACAUAUCCAGGAUCAUCAGAAGAAGCAACAUUAUACUUCAAUGGUAUUGAAAAAGCAAGUGUUGCCGAUUGGACUUCAAAUUUGCAAGAUCUAUUGAUAACUGUUGAGUAUGCACCAGAAGGAAACCAUAACAUCUCAGCCAUGUAUUUCAAUUAUUCAACCCAAGACUCUUCCGCUACGGCUCCUUAUAAAUUCUCAUUAAAUGUUCAAUACGUUGAAGCAGGAAGCAAUAUUACCCUUUCUAGUGGUCAGUUAGGCUAUGCAAAUGGAUCUAAGAUCAUUGUUGGAACCUAUGCUGUUUCUGGAAAUUAUACAAAUAUUACUUUAUAUGAUGACUUAUCAAAGAACAUAUUACCUAUUCCAAUUGGAGCCUCAUGUGAUUCUGCUAAAUAUUCACCUCUUAAAUAUGGCGUUGAUACACUUGGUGGCUGCAAUUCAAAUUAUAAUACAUCAACAAACCCUCUAAAUAAGAAUUUAGCCAUUGCAAAGAUUGGCCAGCCAAACCCAGAGAACCUACAAGAUUGGUACCUACUAGAACUGCCAUCUACUUGCACAAGUAAUUCUUAUUUCAAAUAUGUUUUCUACACAGAGUUUAACGGAACAACAAAGAUGCCAAUUAACGUCAUAAAUAAGGUAAGUCUCACCUGUGAGUCGUUGCCGAAUAAUAUGAACGGCGCCAUGGUUUCUGCAGCAUUUGUUCCAACACCACAGAGCGAAGUUAAAUACAUCGGCAAAUUCCCUGUCAAACUUGUUAGAUUACCAACUGAUUUCUUCUACCCAUUCUCAAAGCAAUCCACAAACUAA